AUGGCGUCAAGUCAUCCGUACAGUGCCAUCAAUACGAUAAAUCUGGCCACGCAGUGUCUCUGCAUUCCGAUCGUGUCGAUAUUUGUAGCGUUGCGAUUCUACGUUCGGUUUCGAUUUCGCAUGGGUCUUGGCGCGGAAGAUUGUAAGUUUUUUGCAUCGGGCGGUCUUGGAAUCGUGUCUUCAAUCAUUGUGGCGCUGGAAGCUAAUCUGGGUUACCUUGCUCUAGAUGCGUGUGCUGUGGCCUGGGCACUCUUCAUAGCAUACUGUGCUAUUGGGAUUGUCCUCGGCCAGAAUGGCGGCGGCUACCACUUCGACGAGCUCACCCCAGACGAACAGACCAACUUCAAAAAGUUCACCUGGAUCUCAACAAUCAUAUACUGUCCAAUGGCCCUCUGCGUCAAAAUCGCCCUCUUGGCCAUUCUCACGCGCAUCUUUGCCCCGUAUCGUGGAAAAGUCUGGUUCAUCUACAUCCUCCUCGCCGGUCUAUGUAUCUACUACACCAUCGCCCUGGUCAUCAAGAUCCGUAUAUGCAACCCAGUGUCGCUCUACUGGCAAGGCACUAAGGAGGAGAUUGAAGACUCGUGUCUUGACCAACGCGCCGCCUUUCUGGCCGAUGCGGUCAUCAGUGCCAUAAGCGACAUGGUCAUUCUGGUACUGCCGCUGCCUUUGACGUGGUCUUUGCAAAUGUCGCGAAAUCGCAAGCUUCGUGUCAUUGGGAUUCUGGGCGCUGGCGGUCUGGCAACCGGCUUUAGUAUCUACCGUGUGGUUCUAGUUUCAAGGGAUCAAGAAUCUUACGAUCUGAGUAUGUUCUUUAUUCGCGUCAUUAUGUCUGGGAAUGCCGAAGCAGGAAUAGGACUGGUCUGCGCCUGUCUCCCCACCGUCAACAUCCUCAUCUCCCACUACCGGAAAGCGUCCUCGUCAAAGCGAUACGACAGCAGUAAUUCGCUUGUGCAGAUGCGUGCUCGUAAAUCUCCGCAUCCCGCCCACUCGGCGAGUCACGUCAGUACGAUCCACGACUACGAGAGUCAGACCGACCACAGUCACUUCACUACUGCCUCGGGAGCUUUGCACGGCAUUGAACCGGUCCGUACAGAAGAUCGGACCUGA